UGCCAAACGCGUUCAUGAUACAUCGCUUGAACUGAACUCCAAGAGGAACCCUUUGCUCCUGUGCAGAACCAGACUUUUCAUAUAAAGAAGUUUUUAUAACACAGGAGGACGCUGAGUGUUCACAUUCGGAGCUGUAAUUUUUUUUUUUUUUUUUUAAACAACGGCUCAAGAACUUUGUGAUAAAAUGAUGAAACCGACCACUUUAAGAGGGAUGUUUUGUUUCUCCCUCGUGCUUUUCUCCUGCCUCGCCGUCUCCACGCUCACCAUCACGACGGAGAGACGCGCCGUCGACAGCGACGUCAGGACUCUGAGCGGCGGCAGUAGCUAUGCUGCGGCCGGUAAAAGGAGCACCACCUUGUACCUCCUGACGGGCUACAAGCCACCACUGCCACCGCUUAACGGCGGGCCCAAAGUGGCGCCAAAAGCCGCCGAGGUGGAGGACGGAGACGAUCCACCGGUUAUGGCUGAGCUCCCUCCAAAGCCCCUCCCUCAGACCAUGUUGCCAAGGAACAUGACGGCCGACGCCCUGAAGCCUCCGCUCGGCGCAGCUCAGGUUGCUCCGCCGCCCAGACAGCUGGUGGAUGUGGACGUUUGCAGGGGUUACUUUGACGUGAUGGGACACUUUGACAGCACCUUUAACUGCUCCAAGGGCAGCUACAUCUACUGCUGCGGGACCUGCCACUACCGGUUCUGCUGCGAGCACCAGAGGAACCGACUGGACCAGAACUCCUGCCACAACUACAACACCCCCGUGUGGGCCGAGCCGCAGGCCCCCGUCACCGUGCCCGCGGGGAACAAGCCCGACCCGGACUUUGAGACACUCCAGCAGCACAACAGCAGUACGGCCUAUGUGAUCGGAGGCGUGAUCUCCUUCACGCUGGUGGUGGCGGUGGGCGUCAGGAUCGCCUUCAGCAAGGUGGCGCGUCGACCGCGAAACAGGGACAUCAACAUGCCAAGAUCACUGGUGGAUAUCUUGCGUCACCAGUCGAGCCCGGUGCAGCAGGGAGAGAGGAACAGCACCACAGUGUUGACGACCACCACCUCAGACGGACGCACCUCCAAAACCCUGUACACCCCCAUCCUGCAGAGCAAAGACAACCGCACUGGGAACUUGCCCCACCAUUUUAACCAGCAGGGGUCUGCCUCCAGCCCCAAACACUCUGCUACCAUCGAACGUGGAGCCCGUAUGAAUAACACCUCCCAGCUUUCCUCCGGGCCUACCCUGCUCUCCAGUAGCAGUAAAGGUCCUGGCGGUGGCGGCAUUGGUGGCAGCAGUAUCAUCGGAGGGGGCAUGAGACAUAACAGCAGCCACCCGUCCUUCUCCCACUCCUUCCACAACCUCGCCCAGCUGCCGCCGUCCUACGAGGCGGCCAUGAAACCUGAGAUCAGCCGCUACAGUUCCCUGAAGAGGCUGGAGAAAGAACUGGACGAGUAUCCCAGCUACUACAACUCCAAACGCCGCUCCAACAACGCUCCGCCCUCCUUCCACUCCUCGCAGCACUACCUGCCCUUCGGAGGCGAGUACACGCUGGGCUCCAGAGGCACGCUGCCCCUCCACGGCUCCCGGCCCCGCCUCCACAUCCCCUCCACCCCGAACCCGUACCCGCUGCCCGCCCAGACGCAGUACCCCAACUCCUCCUUCGACAGGCCGCCGCGUCGUGUCCGCUCCCAGGACCAGCUGCUCGGGGAGGGAAACACGCUGUCCCGCCUGUCCAAGAACCAGCAACACCAGUACUACAAAGCCAUGAUGAGCACCAGCAGGGGCUCCAACUCACAGACGCUGCGCAGGUCCCAUGAGAGGCUCCUGGUCUCACCGGACCGUCUGGAGGACCGGCUGCUGAUGGGCCUGCUGAUCGCAGGAGGAGGCGACAGGGGCGGAGGAAGCGGCAUGGUGCCCACCAUGGGCCGCCUCAGCCACCACCAGAAGGCGCAGUCGCAGCAGAACAUCUGUGUCACGCCGUCCAUGGACCGCCACCACAUGAUCAAGAUGAACUCCCACCCGACGCCAGGCCACGACCACGACCGCGACCGCGACCGCAGCUCCAUGGGCAUGCACGGCGGCUGGGACCACGGCGGAGGCGGCGGGGGCCACCCCAACGCCCGGCGGAUGGCUUUCGCCAGCAAGAGGCAGAACACCAUCGAACAGCUGCACUUCAUCCCCGGAGGAGGAGGCGUGCAGGGACUGCGGACUGGGAGUAAGAACGAGGUGACAGUGUGAGCGCACGAGGGAGGCAAAGAGAGGAAGAGCAGAGAGGUGAGGAGGCUCUUAGUGGGCAGAGGGAGUGAAGAGAUGAGGAAAGGAAAGAGGUUUGAUUUCAGCUGACCCCCCCUCCCCCUUCACAAAGCAGAGAGUGGCGGAUGACAUCAUCCAUCUCAUCGUGAGAGUCGAUUUUCUCCUCGUCACUCUGUGUCGAAAAAAAGAAUAUUCAGCCAUUCUUUGAAAAAAAGGGAAGACAGAAAUGUCCACU